CGACGGACCCGGAAGGAAGUGGCGAGCUGAGGGGUGUGGCCGUUUCUGCGGUUGCACUGUGGUUCGGACAGAGUACGGAGCGCCUGGAGGGACAGCCUGGUUAACGGUUCACGGAUGGCUCAGCUGGGAGCAGUUGUGGCUGUGGCUGCCAGUUUCUUUUGUGCAUCUCUCUUCUCAGCUGUGCACAAGAUAGAAGAGGGACAUAUUGGGGUCUAUUACAGGGGCGGCGCCCUGCUGACUUCCACCAGCGGCCCUGGUUUCCACCUCAUGCUCCCUUUCAUCACCUCGUACAAGUCGGUGCAGACCACACUGCAGACGGACGAGGUGAAGAAUGUGCCGUGCGGGACGAGUGGUGGUGUGAUGAUCUACUUUGACAGGAUUGAAGUGGUGAACUUCCUGAUCCCGAAUGCAGUGUAUGACAUAGUGAAGAACUACACUGCUGACUACGACAAGGCCCUCAUUUUCAACAAGAUCCACCACGAGCUGAACCAGUUCUGCAGUGUACACACGCUUCAAGAGGUCUACAUUGAGCUCUUUGAUCAGAUUGAUGAAAAUCUCAAACUGGCUUUGCAACAGGACCUGACCUCCAUGGCCCCUGGGCUUGUCAUCCAGGCUGUACGGGUGACAAAGCCCAAUAUACCGGAGGCGAUCCGCAGAAACUACGAGUUGAUGGAAAGCGAGAAGACGAAGCUUCUCAUUGCAGCCCAGAAACAGAAGGUGGUGGAAAAAGAAGCCGAGACAGAGCGGAAGAAGGCCCUCAUUGAGGCAGAAAAAGUGGCUCAGGUUGCAGAAAUCACCUAUGGACAGAAGGUGAUGGAGAAGGAGACCGAGAAGAAGAUUUCAGAAAUUGAAGAUGCUGCGUUCCUGGCCCGGGAGAAGGCAAAGGCCGACGCCGAGUGCUACACUGCUAUGAAAAUUGCUGAAGCAAACAAGCUGAAGCUGACCCCUGAGUAUCUACAGCUGAUGAAGUUCAAGGCCAUUGCUUCCAACAGCAAGAUUUACUUUGGCAAAGACAUCCCUAACAUGUUCGUGGACUCAGCAGGCACUCUGGGCAAGCAGUUUGAGGGACUAGCUGACAAGCUGAGUUUUGGCUUAGAAGACGAACCCUUGGAGGCAGACACCGAGGAGAACUGAAACAGAAUUUUUAUACAACCUCAGGUGAACUCAGAGAAAGAGAUCUUUAUUUUUUAAUGAUGAGCCAGGAGGCUCCUCCCUCUCACACUAAGCUUCUUUGUCUUCCACGUAUUGUGGUGGAAAAGGAGAAAUGGACUUAAAUCUAUUCCACUGGGAAGGGAGGGCAGGGAUUGAUGAUUUUGGGGUUUUAUUCAGGGACAUAGGUUAUAUAACUUCUGUUAAGAUUUGUAGACCAUUGGUUUGACCUUUCACCUCCAGGCAUUCAUUUUAGUCCUUUGAAGCUGGCUUAAUUAAGGAUGCUAUCAUUAAGGAGCGGGAGAAAGAGAGGGUGUUGCCUGUCGGUGGUCUCAUUUCCCUUAUCUGGGAAAACAAACGCUCUCCGGACCUCUCACCCCUGCCUUCGAGGUGGGAGAUGCCUGUGGGUGAGGCUCACAACUGAGCAAACACGUUCUUGCCGCCGGUUUGCCGGGAGAGCCGCGUGGGCACGGCCGCAGCACGUGUGGCCCUCCUGGCGUUUCUGUGUCUGUCCGUGCGGGCGUGAGCUAUUCCAGAGGCGCCCUUCGAGAGCCCUCGUGAGGGAGAGCGGUGCUAGAUUUCGCCAGCUUUUCUAUGCCUGCCGCCCUCGAUGCCCUGGAGCCGAAAGUGGUGGCUUCUGGCUGCAUUGUCAGCACCAGGGCUUGGCCAUCGCCACACCAUUCUUUUCCAAACUCUUCCCCUGCUUGUUCUGUACUUUGGGGUUACUGAGCCCCUCUCAGUCUGCUCGUUGGUUCCAGUCGGCAUCAAGAAGGCAGGGACAAACAACUCAAGUGUCUUAAUAGCUGCUAAAGUGGGAUUGUUCUGUCUGUUAGCAGCUGAGGUACCUGCCUGGCAAACUGUACGUUCCUUGAGGUCAAGUGUCUUUUUAUUGUUCUGGAGAUUGUACAGUGAAGAGUCUCUGGAAGAGAAGGGCGGGCCAUCCAAAAGCAUUCCUAGUCUUACGGUGUAUGGCUUGUGCUGGGAGUUGGUCUGGUGCAGUGAGAGGUCUGUUUUCAACCCCAGGGCCCCAGGCAGCCACACAGGCAUCAGACUGAAUAUGCAGUCUCCAGAGACAGCUGUGUGGGUGCAAGGCCGAGUUCAUGCCCAAGUCCCUGGGUUGAAGCAGCUGCAUCAAAAUCCGUUCUGGUGUUUUCUUUCUCAUUCCUAAUUAGGAAAAGUCUGGGUCACUCUGGGAGAUUUGGGAAGGGGGAGAGCAAACAUGAGAGAAAGGUUUUCUUAUACCCUGGAACUGGAGUUGAGGCUGGGACAGCCUGUGUAGUCCCUGGGUUGUGUACCAGGUUGUUAAGCGGAAGACGGCUCUCUGGAGUUAACGUGCCAGCAUGUUGGUAAUCUCCAUGACAAGCUCUGGCUUAGGAUUUGGCCUUGUCAUUAGCUUCUCUCCCUCCCCCCAAAAACCCCACCCUGCACCCCCUGGCUCGGUGAAGCUGUGAAUGCUACUUUGCGGCACAGAUCCCCACCUCUUUUUUAGUCCAGUGCCCAGACUUCCACUUUGUCAAAUGGCCUCAGAACUCGGGCCAGCUUUCUCCAAAGUAGCAAGUUUGGGAAGCUUUCUUCCUGCCCGGGAAGAAACAAAACGUUAACUCUUCUUAAUUCCAAUGUCGCCCUUCUCUUUUCUAACUUUUGGGUCUAGAAUUCUCAAACCACUGGUCCUGAUCACGUUUUCUGCAGGCAGCCCCAUGUUCCUGGGAGUGACGGACUUGAAUGCCUUCUGAAGUCCUCACAGGAGGCAGUCGCUCUCCCCAGGCCAACAUAGGGAAUCCGCUAUUAACACGCUCUCACCCUCCGUCCACUCCAGUGCCACUAAUCACCUGUUAGGAACAACAUGCCAGGUCCACCAUCCCCAAUUUACACAUGUGUCUGCUCCCUCUACUCUGAGACUUGCUACCUAGACCUCAGAAAAACUACUUCACUACAACUGAAUAAGUAGCAAGGAUGUCUCAGUCCCUUGGAAUAGCACGUUCGUUCAGGUUCUUAUGUUGAAAGUCUCUUAACACUAACAUCCUGUGAUAGCUUGUCUCUUGUGUCAGAUACUCUGUGAGCACAGGAGAGCCUCAGUUACAGCCCUGCAGCCUCUGCCCCUCUCCAUGUUAACGUGGCUUCCUCUUUAAACAAAAAAUGUAAAUGUUGUAGCACCCACUAGUUUAAAUCCAGCAGUUGUCUGUACCUGCCUGAGUGGUAAGAUCAUGGGAGUCAGCUGUUUCCUUAGCACGGGACAACUAACCGGUCUACCUGUAUGCCUUUCUUCAGCACACACUAGAAAAAUCGGAGCUUAACAUUUGAAUCCUAAACGUGAAAUGUGACAGCCUGCAAUUUUGUAGGCAGUAAGUCAUGGCUGCUAUUUAUAAGUGGAACUUCUAUCAAAAUAAGUAACUGUUUAUAUAAUUCAGUUUUUGUAGAAUUUUCCAAGGAGAAGCCACCUUGGUUGAAUGUUUCUCACUCAUUAAACUUUGCAGAAGUGAUUCAUAUUCAGUAUUGUUUUUAAUCACUUUUUUAUAUAAAGACAAUGUUUGCAAGGAAACCAAAGUUUGUUAAUAAUUUUAUAUGACUAAAAUAAAAUAAAUUUGGAGAGAUCUACAAUCAUAUUAAGUUGAGGGAGAAAAAAAAUCACUGAAUUUUAGCAAUACAGCAGGUCAUCAAAAAACAUCAUUUCAUUCAACAUAGUUCUGUUAUAACAUUGAUAAGAUGCCAUAGGAAGUCAACUCUUGUUUAUGUCAAUUAGCCUGUCAUAAAGUUAGUGUCAUUAGACGUCAUUUGACUUAAAGUCGCAGAACUAUCGACAGUGGUGAGGACUUACUGUAUAUUGAUCCAAAAAAAGAUGUUUCGUAAAUGCCCUGUUGCAAAUUCUACGGGUCUAUCUUUCAACCCUGAUAAGUUUAUCACUUAUAGAGAGUAAAUAGUGAAAGUAAGAUCGUAUUUACUGACUUACCUAUUUGGGUUUGAGGAUAAAAUGUAUAGAUGCUGCUCACCUUAUGAUGGGGUUUCAUCCCAAUAAGCCCAUCCUAAGUUGAAAAUCUCAUUAACUUGCCCUGGCCAGUGCAGGUCCCAUGCAGGUCACAUCGCAGGUUUAAUUUCCUGUCAGGGCACAUACCUAGGUUGCAGGUUCAGACCCCAGUCGGGACACGUGCAGGAGGCAUCCGAUCAAUGUUUCUCUCUCCCUCUCUCUCUCUCUCUCUCUCUCUCUCUCUCUCUCUCUCUCUCUCUCUCUCUCUCCCUCUUCUAAAUCAAUAAAUGUAUCCACAGGCAAGGAUUUUUUAAAAUUUUUAAUUAAAAAAUAUUAAGUUGAAAAUACAAUAUAUCAAAACUAAAACUUACUGAUCACUAUAGCUUAGUAUAGCCUACCUUAAAUGUGUUUAGAACACUUAUAUUAGCCUACAGUUGGGCCAAAUCAUCUAACACAACAGCUACUUUUUAAUAAAAUUUGACAUGAUGACCGUCAUCAAGUCAAAAAGUCGUAAGUAGGGGACAGUCUGUAUCUUGGCCAGUGGCUACUCUGUGCCGAAGAACUUAACCAGCACUCCUUUCGUUCUGCUCAGUAGGGGUCUUGCCACUGUUUCUGAUGUUUUCUUAUAAAAGAGGUAAUGGUCAGGCACUUCGUGUUUGUAUUUCCAUUCCUUUUUAUUUCUAGUUUUAUGUGAGCAAGUGAUCGAUCAAACUAGCUCUAGUUUCAAAGAGCCCUGCGGGCUCAAUGACCCCCUUUGUGACUGAAAGUGAUUCUUGUUACAUGACCACUCUGUAAAUGCAUGAUAUGCUGGAUUAAUUGCCUCGAGUUGAUAGUUAGAGGAAUUGUUCUGGACAACACCAAAGGUGUGAACUCAUGUCUUAGUUUUAUUUUCAGUCUUGCUGAGUCUUUGUAUUUGCUUUUUUAUCAAAGUGAAAUUUAGCACUAGCUAAUAGUAGAAUAGGUGAUAUAAGAAAUAAAAUAUCCCUGCCAAGUGAGUGAGUACAAGAUCACCCUAAAAAUAUAUUCAAAUGAAUAUGCUGGGUCUGGCACAAAUAACGCCCCUCUUUAUUACAAAAUCUUUUAUUUACAAAAUCCAAUGCAUGUAAUUCUGCAACAUAAAAAUAUCACACUCAAGCACACUAUGUGACAUUUUAGGUGAGAUGUUCAGACUGAAACUAUAAAUCACUCCAGCAGGCCUGCCUUCUGCCAGACCCUGUGGGUUCCCUGCAUCAGCGCAGAAACAGGGAAAACUGAUUUGCCAUAAACACGGCAUAAUUCUUGGUAGGUGCUGUAGAGAUUUAUAGUGUUAAAGAAUCCAUACACCACUGCAAUCCUGCUCCAAAGGGCAGAAAUUGACCCAAAAUUCAUCAUGAUAUCAACUCAGUGAAAAAGUCCCAGUCUCUACCCUGAAAAGAUGCCCAGCCUAGUAGCUAGGGUUGCCAAAUACAGAAUGCCCAGUUAAAUAUGAAUUUCAUAUAAACAAAUAAUUGUUAUUUUUUUAAAGUUAUGGGAUAGAAGGAAAGUUUUUAAAAAAAAAGACUUUAUUUAUUUUCAGAGAGAAGAGAAGUGAGGGAGAAAGAAAAGAGGAGAAAGGAAAGGAGAGAAACAUCGCUGUGUGGUUGCCUCUCACACACCCCCUACUGGGGGCCUGGCCCGCAACCCAGACAGGUGCCCUGACUGGGAAUAGAAAUGACAACCCUCCAGUUUGCAGGUUGGCACUCAGUCCACUGUGCCACACCAGCCAGGGCACAACAUAAUUUUUAGCAUUGAGUAUCUCACAAAUAUUGUAUGAGACACGCGUAUACUAAAAAGUUAUUCAUUGUUCACGUAAAAUUCACAUUGAACUGAGUAUACUGUCUUUUUAUUUGCUGAAUCUGGCAACCCUAGCCCAAGCUUUCUCAGGUUUGGAGGGAGCAGGAAGGGUUACAGUUUUUUAUUAUUGUUAUUCUACUACAGUUGUCCCAGUUUUUCCCCUUUGCCCUCCUCUGCCCAUCCCAACCCCCGCUCCCACAGUCAGCCCCCACACAGUUGUCUCUGUCCAUGGGUCAUUCACACAUGUUUUUUGACUCAUCCCUUCCCCUUCUUUCCACCAUUAUUCCGCUCCCUCGGGUUUUUUCAUGGUAUUCCCAAACUUCAUUGAUUUGAGAGCCUACUACACAAGUAAUAUGAACUUAGAAUAGACAAGGAAGAAUAUAUAGAUCCUGGAGUAAAACUGCCAAGAUUCAAAUACUGACUCUACCAUUUCCCAAGUAUAAGGUCUUAAAUAAAAUCUUUAACCUG